AUGGUUGCUAAUAUCUGGGUGGCUGCCUCUGAUGGGGAUACCUCGACUGUAAAGAAAUAUAUUGAAUCAGGAGAGUACAGUGCGACUUCAAAAGAUCCUAAUGGCUAUACCCCGAUCCACGCAGCAGCGGCUUACGGUCACAUUGAACUUCUUGAAUACUUGAUAGGGGAGAAAAAAGGGGAUGUGAAUGUACUUGAUAGUGAUGGGGAUACACCAUUACAUCAUUGUGACGAGUUGGAGCCGGUUAAAGUCUUGGUAGAGAAGUUUGGUGCCGACUGGAAGAUCAAGAACCAAGAUGGGGAGACAGCAUUGGAUGCGUAUGAUGGGGAGGAUAUUAAGGUGACCGAGUACUUACAAGGGUUAGCUGGAGUUGUUGGAUCACAGAAGAGUAAUGAGGGAUCAAUAAAUAUUGGUAGUUUGGGGGCGUUAAUUGGGGAGUUGCUGGAUGAGGAAAGAGAGAAGAUCAGAUUGACAUUUGAGAAUGUUGGGGAUUUGAAUGGGGACGUUGAAUUUGAUGAAACACAGCAGAAGAUGAUUGAAGAGAUCGCCAAUGGAGAGAAUGGUGAAGAAAGAAUGAAGGAGUUUAUCCAGCAGGUGGUGAGAGACAAUUUGGGGAAAUUGAAGCAGAGCACUGACGAUGAGCCACUGAACAAGAGAAGAAGGGACUAA